AACAAUGCAGCAAAAAACCAGUGUUAAGGGUACAAUCAAUAGUUCUGUUACUCAACACGGAAUGACUAAGCAAUUAGCGUUAUCUAGAAUACUUCCCACUUAACUGUGGAUUACUAUUAUAAAACAACAUUCAUCCAACUAAACGUUUCAAUUCUGAUUUUCACGCUAGUAGUUCAAGGACGUCAUUUCACUGCUCGGUUUGUGUUUUUCGUUGUUCAUUUUCCGUUGGUUCUUUGUCCAGUGAAGAUCUACAUUUUUUACCAGUCAAAAAAAUAUGUCGUCGAAACCGAAACUUUUCUACGCUCAAGCUAGUCCUGCUGCCAGAUCCACUCUUCUGACUAUUGCUGCAUUGGGCUUGGAUGUGGAAUUGAUUCCUGUUAAUCUUGCAGCUGGCGAACACUUAACUCCGCAAUUUUUAAAGAUUAACCCCUUACACACGGUUCCAACCCUUCAAGACGGAGAUUUAGCUGUUUUCGACAGUCACGCUAUAAACGCAUACCUGGUGAAUAAAUAUGGUAAGAAUGACUCGCUUUACCCCAAGGAUGCUAAGAAGCGAGCAAUUGUGGACCAACGAUUACAUUUCGACUCGGGAAUUGUAUUUCCCAGAGUAGGUGCUGUUGUCGGUGCUUUACUAAGAGGUGGAGCUAAAACGAUUGAAAAGGAUAAGGCCGACCUCAUAACGCAAGCCUAUCAGUCAUUGGAAAUACUGCUGGAGGGACAUAAUUUCAUAGCUGGCGAUGAGCUUACCAUCGCUGACUUUAGCCUGGUAGCAACCGUAUCAAGUAGUAACGCAGCUAUUGUACCAAUCGCCAGCAAUACGUAUCCCAGAAUAAGUGCUUGGCUUGCACGAUUGCAAGCUCUACCAUAUUAUGAAACCAAUCAGAAAGGUGUGGACCAAUUCAAAGGAAUGGUUCUAAGCAAACUUGCCUAAUCGCUUCUUUAAAAAAUAUACUUGCUAAUGCACCACCUUGUUUUUUUUUAUUGUGCUGGAAAUACCAAAAUUGUCAAAUUCUUCUAAUUAAAUAUGUUUGUUUAAGUUGUGCGAUGUUAAAAUAUAGAUUAUUGAUCAGUACAUGGGCUUGAUAUGUAUCCGAUUUCGUAAUUCAGACUUCUUUAAUAUAUUGUACAAUGCUU